GUUGUUGUCUGUAGACGAAGAAUGGUUUUUGUUGCGAAAAAUACCAAAUAUUUUUGUCCUUGUAAAUGCUUAAGUAGAAAAACUUGUCACAUAUUCAGUUGAACAGAAACAGCAUGUAAAAAAAAAAAGGAUCAGGUCUGAGAAUUAAUGCCAAAGAAAUCAGUAAGAACAAAAGAAGUGUCUUUUGGUCCACUUGAAAAAAAGAUGAAGAAGGUGCUAUAAUCUGUUUUCUUUUUUGAAUCAAAUUAUUAAGUAAAAUUUUACAAGCAUUUUUUGUUCGAACGUUAAGGGCAUUAUGUUAUAACUAGGAAAUGUAUUAACUUUUUUUUUUGUCUUAAGUAUGAUAAUUUAAAAAGUAAUCCGCAUUUUUGUUUAUAAUGAUUCCAAUGAGUUAUUAUUCACCUAAUCUUUUAGAUGAAAAUGGGUUUUUUUCACCAUGCCGAUUUGUUGAGGCGUACAUUAAGGAGAUAACAAAAGGUUUAUCGGAAAAGAAUUCUCCGAGCCUAGUUCAACAUCAAGUCAAGCAGGCGUUUUCUAUUGCUUCGUGUAUACCGAAUGAAACGGGCAUUGAAGACACAUUGACAAAAAGAUUUUUUAAAAAUGGUAAAGUGAUGGUUAAUCGUAGUUCUUUUGGUCGCAACUAUAAACAAGGGGCUUAUGAUCUACCACCUCCACCCCCUCCUCCUCCUUUUCUUUCAAGUGAUGCAAAUACAAUGACGUCUUCUUUUAAUAAAAAAAAUAGUUUACCCAGAUUCUACUUAAAUGAAACCAGUUCCAAAGAAACAUCAAGCCUUGUAGAAGACUCUUUAAUGGAUUUCGAGGAGAUUUCUGAGGAGAGCGAUACAACAUUUGAGAGUAGUGAAAGUCGUGGUAGUACGAGCACCCGAGUGGAGCCUGUUUUGACGAAUCCCUGGGAAAAGAGUACUGAGGUGCCUAACAGCUUAAAUGAAGCGAAACCAAGUGUCACGGCAAAUUCAUCUCAAAUAAAACAUGAAAAGAGUGCAAUGUGUGAAACUUUAGCUCCUGUGAAACAUAAAUUGAAAUUGGUUUUGGAUUUAGAUAAUACAUUACUUCAUGCUUGUUCGCUCUCAAAAUUAUGUAAUAUUGAUAUACCUUUACAUGAUUUCCAAUCUCCAGAAAACGAUUCAGAACUUUAUACUUUUCGUUUAUCGAGUUUUUUUAAUCAAUUAUAUCAUGUGAAAUUUCGACCAGGCGUUCGUCGUUUUCUUAAAGAGCUAUCUCUCUAUUGUGAUAUGGGAAUUCAUACCAAUGCAACUCAUGAAUAUGCUGAUGUUAUUGUUUCUAUUUUAGACCCUGAUUAUUCAUUGUUUCAAGGAAGGGUGGCUUCACGUGAAGAUGAAACAACAAAGGAUCAUAAAAAAAAUAUGGGCAGGUUGUUUCGUGUAGACGAUUUAGAUAUAGCAAGUUUACUCAUCUUAGAUGAUCGUAAAGAUGUUUGGGAUACAAUGUAUCAUCCAAAUAUCAUUAAAUGUGGCGUGUACGACUAUUUAGAUGCUAGGAAAAAUGUUUUAAUAGAAAAAUAUUGUCAUGGUGAUGAAAAAGAUUCGAUUCCUUGUAAUACUACGUCCGUUGGUUUGGAUUCGUUAGAAAAAAAAAACUAUCAACAUUCACAAACAAAUAGAUUAACAACACAUGCAUCAGUGUUAACUAAAACACAAGAAAAUGAUAAUGAAGCGAAUUGCAUGGAGACCCAUCUACCUAUACAAGAGAGUUCAAAAAGUUGUGUGCAACAAACGUGUGCUUCAUAUAAUUCAUUGUCUUUUUCACCCCUACAGGAAAACGAUGCAACAGUAAUUGAUCAAAGUUUGAAAACAAAAGAAUGCCAAUUAAGUGAUGAAAGUGACGUUUAUUUUUUAGCAACGAAUAAUAAUGAAGAAGAAACAACAUCACCUUUUCUUGAUAAUCCUUUAUUGAAAAAGUCACAGCUUACUGUUCCACAGAAUUUGGAUGAAACAGAUAAUUAUGAAGAUGACGAUGUCAUUACACUUGAUGAAAAACAUAUACAAAGUUGCGGUACAUCGGAUAGCACUGGAACAAUUCCUAAGACUGAAAAUAAUGAUUUGUCAGCAUCUCGAAUUAUGGAAAUUUCGCCAUUUACUCCAAACGAAACAUUAUUCCAACCAAAUUCGUCUAAAAUUGCAGCUCAUUUUGGUGUAUCACAAGAUUCCGUUACUGAAAAUAUGCGUCUCGCAAUGAAAUUAAGUCAAGUAGAUCAGGCGCUUAUAGAUUACGAUACGCAAUUAGAUGAACUUAGACAUUUAAUUGUUAGUGUUGCUCUUGAAUAUAAUCGUCAGAAAUCAAACCCUCUGACUUGUAACACUGUCAGUGUUCCACAAAUUUUAAAUCACACAAGACAAUCAAUAUUGCAAGGUGUGGUUGCGCAAACGGUCGGAAUGUAUAAAUCGAAGACGAGCCAUCCUGAAUACGGAUGGCAAGAUAAUGGUCCCGUGCAUCGUCGUCGCCUUGUGAAAUUGGGCGCACAAGUUGUGGACUCACCUGUACCUGACUUGACACAUAUCAUUGCUAUGCGUGCAACACAAACAAUUGAUCGUGUUCGGCAAGAAAGAGGUCAAAGUGUUCAAUAUGUUCAUGCUCUUUGGCUUCAUGCAUGUGAAAGCACGUGGAAACGUAUUCCUGAAAAUUGGUUUCCAGCUUUCCCUCUUUUAGAAAAAUAUAAUAAUUCACCUCCUAUGAAACCAUGGUUAGAUCAUUGGCAGCUUAUUGCUCUACAAAAUGAAACGAUCAAUGAUCGUUUAGUAAAUGCUUUAAAAAAACAAUCGAUUUUUUCAAAGGAGAAUCACACAGCAACGUUUGAUAUGAACGCAAAGUCACAAAUUCACUCGACACCGCAACGUCGCCAGCAUUUGGUUUUGUCAAACCUAUCAGCAGGAGCCGAAGUUUGGUCUGCUAACGAACAUAUUUGUCUUACGUAUGACAAUAUUGAGUCGGUUCGAUUAAAAAAGCGUUUAAAUUUACCAUUAACACCAGAGGAAUCUGAAACAAUAAUGCAAGUCGACAAACACCCAGUCACACUAAAACCCGUUUGGUCUCCUUUUGAAACAAAAUACUUCAAAAAAACUUUUAAUACGCCUCGCUCGAAAUUUCGACAACCCACUAAUCAUCGUAAAUGGGAUAAACGAAAAAGAAACAAUGCAUCUUCAAGAGAUUAUCCUCAUCACUAUUCUAUGCCACGAAAUUUAUUGUCACAUAAUCGUUGUUGGUUUAAAGAUACUUAUUCAACAACUGCUGUAACAAAUUCACCAGAAAUAUUGCCAAAACGUCAAUUAUUAUCUUCUGAUUCACAGAAAAAAUUAUUCUGCAAGUAGUAUUUAGACUUUUAUUUUCUAGUAUCAUUAUAAUUUUUUCAGAAAAAAAAUAUUCAAGUGUAAGCAAAAUUUUGUAAACAAAGGUAAAACGCAGUCUUCAAAAAAAAAGAAAAAUUAAAUUACAAUUUUUUUUUUUUAAGUUCAACUUUUCUAAAACUAAGGAAGAACAUAAUACAAAGGUGCUGGAAGCAUGGUCACUAUAAUCAUCAGUG